CCCUCCCAUUGCCAGUAAAUGUCAGAGAUUCAAAUCUGGGGCCAGGUCUCUUUACAGCAUAUCUUGUCAGCUUUAUGAUUUUCAGAGCACUUACUCUGAGAUUCUCCCCAUUUGAUUUCUCACUUGGUGAAACAGUCCCUAAAAUGUAAUGGAGCUUGUACUAGAACCCAGGUGAAGGAAGUAUCUGGACUUCCUGGGGGUAAGGAACACACUAAUUGUGAAUCAAGGAGAGUUUUUCUUGUCCCUGACCUCCCCAGCCCUGCCGUUGCUCAGAUGUUCAGACUGUCUGGGCUUUGACCUUUCCCAAAACUAUCCUCUUAAGGUGUUGACUUCCUACUAUCAAAUGAUCUCAGAGGCUGCUAAAGAAGUUUAGGUCUAUUCCAUUAUUACUCUCCUGCCCUAGGAGUCCUUAGAAAACUUUGGAUCCUAACUUCAGCUAUUGGUAGUUGAAGGGCCAAGAUUUGUUUUGAGAUUGUAGCUAUUCCUGAAAGGGGUGGGGGAUGGGGCUGACACCCUGAAGAGUCUUUGGAACAAAGAAUUUGGAGCUGGAAGGAAAGAUCUACAACGGAUCCAACGGAUGAUUUCCCUGAGGCUUGGAGAGGGGAGGGUUGCCUAAAGUUGUACAGCUAGAGAGAGGUAGAUUUGAAUCCAGGCCUUCUGACUCCAAAAUCCAUUGCUUUUCAUCCAUUCAGCCUGGCCAACAUUCCAUUGACCCCAGAGACCCAGAGGGACCAGGAGCGUCGGAUACGUCGGGAGAUUGCCAACAGCAAUGAGAGAAGGCGAAUGCAGAGCAUUAAUGCGGGGUUCCAAUCCCUGAAAACCCUCAUCCCACACACAGAUGGAGAGAAACUCAGCAAGGCAGCCAUUCUUCAACAGACAGCAGAAUACAUCUUUUCCCUGGAGCAGGAAAAAACAAGGCUCUUACAACAGAACACACAACUCAAACGCUUUAUCCAGGAAUUGAGUGGCUCAUCUCCCAAACGGCGGAGGGCAGAGGAUAAGGACGAGGGCAUUGGCUCGCCAGACAUCUGGGAGGAUGAGAAGGCUGAAGACCUGAGGCGAGAGAUGAUCGAGUUGAGGCAGCAGCUGGACAAGGAGCGUUCAGUCCGAAUGAUGCUGGAGGAGCAGGUACGUUCUCUGGAGGCUCACAUGUACCCUGAGAAGCUGAAGGUGAUUGCCCAGCAAGUCCAGCUACAGCAACAACAGGAGCAGGUGAGAUUGCUGCACCAAGAGAAGCUGGAGCGUGAGCAGCAGCAACAGCAGCUCCGCACACAGCUCCUGCCCCAUCAUGGGCCUCCACCAGCUCCCACCCACCAUCCGACAGUGAUUGUGCCUGCUCCUCAACCCCCACCCUCCCACCAUGUCAACGUAGUCACCAUGGGUCCUUCAUCAGUCAUCAACUCAGUCUCCACAUCCCGGCAAAACCUGGACACCAUCGUGCAGGCAAUUCAGCACAUCGAGGGCACACAAGAGCAGGAGGAACAGGAACAAGAAGAGCAGCGGCGGGCAGUGAUUGUGAAGCCACCAGUCCGGGCCUGCCCGGGAGCCCCUGCCUCUGACACAGCUUCAGACUCAGAGGCCUCCGACAGUGAUGCUAUGGACCAGAGCAAGGAGGACCCAGCAGGGGAUGGGGAUCUCCCCUGACCCCCCCCAUAGCCCUCCUCUUCCCCCACCCUCAGGGGGGCAAGGGGGCAAGGGCAAUAGUGGGGAGAAACACUCGAGAUUUUUACAAAAUUACAAUGUCAUUUGGGUCUCUUUUAUGACCUCUUUUCAAUACUGUAAUUCUUUAACAAAGCCAACACACCCAACUUUGGAGGGGGCUGGGGAAGGAUGGAGGACAGAGCUGGAACCCAGGUGGUACCAGGGGGCCAGGGCAGGCUAGAAGAGGUUGGGGAAGAAGUCAGGGCCCUCCCUGGACCCUCUCCACCAAACCAUUUUGCAUUUAAUUUUAAAGGGGGAAAAAUAUACCAAUAUUUCUUCCCUCCUCUUAGAAGCCAGCCCUGGCACAGUGACUAUCCCCUCCAUUCCACCACUUGUUCCCCUCCUUUCUCCCCCUUCUUCUUCCUCCUCCCUCCCUCUUGUUUUUUCCUCUUUCCCCUUUAAGCACUUAAAUGGAUUUGGGGGCUGUGGGUCUGGCUGGGCUGGGGCUGUUUGGGGGCCUGGGUGGGGGUGGGUGUGUAUGUUGCUUCUUAGUUUGGGGUUUUCUCAUGCCCCCUCCUCCCUUUCCACCUGGCUCAGCACUAGGAUUAGCUGUUAUUCUUUACCCCCCUCAACCUUUUCCCCCUAGGUUUACCCCCUCCUCCAGCCACAGCUGUCUGUCCUUUUCUUUCUUUCUCUUUUUUCUUUCUUUCUCUCCCUCUUCCUUCCUUCUUUCCUUCCUUCCUUUCUUGGUUUUGUCUGUUGUUGUUUUUUACAAUUUUGAGGUCUCUGUGUUCGGGGAGAAGCUAUUAUAUUUUGUUAAGAAAUGGGGAAAAAAAAAAACCAAGGCCACUGUGCCUUUGUAAAGAUACAAAAUAAAGUUUGUACUUUGUUUUUUAGA